AUGUCUACUCGAAUCAUCGUCUCUGGGAUUUCAGGUGGUUCAGCACCGAACCGUCGCGAGAUAAAUGAUCUAGUUAGAGAUGAGAAACAAUUCUCGCUCUACGUUCAAGCUCUUCAGCGUAUGUAUACCGGUAACCCUCAAACCUUCCCAACGUCCUUCUUCCAAAUCGCGGGAAUCCAUGGGCUGCCCUACGUUCCUUGGGGCGGGUCCACCGGUACCGCACCAUUCAACCCUGCCACCCAAUGGGGCGGGUACUGCGUCCACGGGUCUGUUCUCUUCCCAACCUGGCAUAGGCCAUAUAUGGCCCUUUUUGAACAAACCUUAUGGCGCCACGCGCAAGAUAUAGCCGCCCAGUAUACUGUAGACAGAGAGGAAUGGCAGAGAGCUGCUGCUGACCUGCGACAACCAUACUGGGACUGGGCUACCAACGCCGUCCCACCGGCCGAGGUCAUUGAGCGACAGCAAGUGACUAUCACCAACUCAAGGGGACAGCGUGUUUCUGUCCCAAACCCACUUCUCGCGUAUCGUUUCCAACCAAUGGAACCCACGUUCCCCAGGAUGUAUCAACAAUGGCCGACUACCCUUCGUCAGCCGACGUCAGGUGGACCUGGUGCCUCUAGUAAUGUAGCGCGACUUCGAACUGUCCUUCGCCGGGCGCAACCUGGUAUCACCACCAGUACCUUCAACAUGUUAACCCGUGUUCGUAGAUGGCCCGAGUUCAGCAGCCAUACCGUAAGCGACGGUGGGAGUGACAGUAACAGUAUCGAGAUCAUCCACGACCUCAUACAUGGUCUCGUCGGCGGGCAUAUGGGUGAUCCUGGUGUUGCUGCCUUCGACCCACUCUUCUUUCUUCACCAUACUAACGUGGACCGCCUGCUCUCAUUGUGGACUGCGAUGAACCCCGGAGUCGGCGUUAGUCCUGGGGACUCCGAAGAUGGAUCCUUUACACUUCGACCAGAAGUGCCGGUCAAUCGCGAUACCCCCCUCACCCCCUUCUGGAACACGGAAACCACCUAUUGGGCAUCCAGCAAUGUUACAACCACAGAAAGAUUCGGCUACACAUACCCUGAAUUCAAUGGACUUGAUAUGGGCAAUGCGCAAGCUGUCCGCACCGCAAUCUCCCGAAUCAUCACUCGUCUUUACGGAGGAACUACAGCUAUUCCCCGCCUUGCUUCGUUCGUCUCAGGCGCUGACUCGGCUCAGAAACCCAUUCCAGCUUCAAGGACCAAAGCAGCACUUCGUACACCGGCGGCUGAGUCACGAGCUGCAGACGCUGUGGAGCCCAAGUCCAAUGGCGAGGCCCACGAGGACGACAAUGAAGUCAACUUUGAAGUCAACCCUGGAGGUCAACCCGGGGACAUUUGGGAAUGGACGGCUCGUGUCGAGUUCAAGAAAUACGAAUUGGGCACGAGCUUCUACGUCCUUCUCUUCCUUGGUGCUGUUCCCGACGACGAGAACUCUGAAGAAUGGCUUACCAACGAGAACCUCGUCGGAUGUCAUUACGCCUUUGUCAAUAGUGCUGCCAGCAGCUGCGCCAACUGCCGCGGCCAGGUCAACAUUGUUGAAGAAGGAUUCGUGUCCUUGACCAAAGGUAUCCUCCAGAAGUCCGGCUUGUCUGACCUGAGCCCAGACGUUGUGGAGCCGUAUUUGACCAGUGAGCUUUCUUGGCGUAUUCAGAAGGCUGACGGAACUCCUGUCGACUUGGAGGACCUUGAAGUCACAGUCGUUGCCACCCCAAUGACCUUACCACCUGGCGCUGAACUUCCUGUCCCAGGAGAACGUCGAAAAUGCCCUGGUAUCACUCAUGGUCAGAAGGGAGGAAGUCGUCAAGGAUCAUCACUGCGCUGA